AGGAAAAAAAUUAUUAUUUUAUAAAAUUUGGCAUCGAAAACAAAACAAUUGAAUCACAAAUAUGAGGAAUAACUAAAUGCCAAAUGGUCUUUCUUUACCCAGAACUCAAGGGAAGUCUGUAAUUUACCCAUACGUAUAUAUACACACACGAUAUGGUAAUAGACUAAUAGAAAUCAAUAUCUCAUCGCUUCAGCGUACAGCCGUUCUAGAGAUAACCAAAAACCCUCACUCUCGCAUCCCUCACGGCCUGCCACCGAAGCCGGCUUCGUCAACCUCGCCGACCACCCGCCCACUGGUUUUACGGCCUACGGUUAUUCUUAUAUUGGAGUGCCUUUUAAGGAGGUCAGAAUUCAGAGCAGAUACUGUAAUUGGGGCAAGGAUGUCUGAGAUAAUGACAGGUUGGAUAUGCUCAUCUAAAGAAGAAAUUGUUUGUGAUGAUGACAAACCUCUAUUUCUCUCUUUUAUGAAUGAGCUAUUUCAAAGAAAAGUACCAAAAACAGAAGAAGUUGGAAAGAAGGAAUCAUCUGAUUAUCAAGGUAAAUAUUGCCCACCAAUAAUUUUGUAUCAAAUUUGUCAGUUUGGCAUAAUAGAUUGUGCCAUCGCUUUUCUCGGAGGGGAGACUGGUUUCAUCGCUGAUCUCAAUAUUCCGUUUAACGAUGGAUUAUAUCCAUUGCAUUUAGCAGCUAAUAGUUUAUCAUAUGAAAUGAUUGCGACAUUACUUUGCCAUGGAGCUCGGACUGAUGCAGAACCAUAGAGGGUGAAUUUAGGGGCGACUUGUUUCCUCUCAACGUAUCACUUGAAACAGUAAGUUAUCAUCGAUCCUUGAUUGAUCCCAAAAAAAUCUAUCUUCAAGUUGAUCGUUGUUCUUUUGUCUGCCUCAAAUGGUUUGUUUAGACAAAAUUUAUGUGUAUUACAAAUAAUGUUUACUUUCUAUACAUUUGAAUGGGUUGAGUGGUCUGAUCUAUUUUUUUUUUUUUCCUUUCUGUUUGUUGCUUAUUAUGGUUAAAUG